AAAAUAAUACAUUUUUGUCAAUCGAAAAUACUAACUGUUAACUGAUAGGUCAAGGAAAAUGGAAGGUUACGCUCAUAAGAUAUAUACGUUUGUCUUUAUCUGUUACACGUUAGUCCUCUUUGGUCCUCUUAUUACUACGAAUCAGCUGCGGGUGGGAGUGCGUGGUUCUGAAGUAAGAAGUCGUCAUACCUCAUAGUACGUCCAUUUUUAGAUGCAAACGUUUAUAACUACCAUUUAAAGUGAAUAUGCUAACGAAAUAGUGUUAAUUGCUUUAAAAGGACGAUCGGACAGUAUUUAAUAUGAUACUAUUCGUAAUAUUACAUAUGAUUAAUAAGUGUACGAUAUAGUGAAUGAUACGGGUAAUGGUUAUUGUAAAAUUAAAAAAAAUGCUCUUCAAGAGACAUCGGUAGCAAUGUAGCUCGUAUCAUUAAAGAGAAAUCACUUGUGAUUUUAUUGUACAGAUUAUUUCGAUUAAUUAAGAUUAAUAAUAUACUCAUUGUUCCAUGACUUCCCUACUCAAUAAUACGUUAGCAAAAAAUGACAGUAUUAGAAUCAGAAGAAGAUACAGAUAAACGGUCGGUGCCACCUACAAAAAAAUUUUGCUUAUCUAUUUCAAACUGCGAACAUACAUUUCCUAAUACCAUUCCACAGCCCCCUCAUACUUCUUUUAGAGGGGGCCUCUUCGACAGACCAGAUCUCUUAUACACCAGAAUGAUGAAUGGUUAUCGCAAUCAAUUGAGUAAUCAUCAGGAUGGAAGUUACGAUAUUUCAGCAUUAGGAACAGAAGGAUUAAAAAUAGCGACUCUAUGUAAUCUAGGAAAUACAUGCUUUUUGAACAGUGUUAUAUAUACUUUAAGAUUUGCACCAUCCUUCUUACACAAUUUACAUCAUCUUGCUACUGAUCUAUCAAAUUUAAAUGAUAAGCAAUUACAAACUAAAAUCAAAUCUUCAUCCUUGGGUAGAACCGGUGUAUCAUUAACAGCAAGUGGUAGUCGUAGUUGGAGUAGUAAAGAUUUAUUGGCCUUAGCUGGUCCAACCGGAGAACUUAACAAACCUCGAAUACAAAUAGCAACAGAAAAAUUACAUAGUUUAUUUAUGGCACUACGUGCAUCAGAAGCAAGGGAGAACUGUGAACCAUACCAACCAGAUGCAUUUUUACAAGCACUUAGAGAAGUAAAUCCUAUAUUCGAAGGGAACCAACAGCAGGAUGCUCAUGAACUUUUAGUUUGCUUACUCGAUAAUAUUAGAGAAACCUUUCAACUUUUAGUUAGACAUAGAGAAAGUCAAUUUGGACAGAAUAAUGUAAGUUUCUCUGAACUUUCCGCGGAGCAACAAACGGACGUACAAUCGGAAGAUAGUAAUUCAAGUAAACGCAGUAUUAGAAAGUCACGAAAGAAAAAAAAAAUUACAUCUCGAGGAAGUUCAAUUUGUUUAAUUCCAUCGAAUACAAAUGGCGUUUCUUCAUCUAGGCCAUAUGAAAAUGGCCAUGCAGAAUUUCUUGAAAGUAACGGGGACAUAGGAAAUCAUAGACCAGAAAGUAAAAAAUGUUUUAUCUCUGAAGACUUUGAGGGUAUCAGUUUGUUAAGAACAACGUGUCUAGAAUGCGAACAUGUUACCGAACGAAAGGAAACAUUCUGUGACAUAUGUGUCCCCAUUGAUGUUAAUAGAUCAAACGAAAAAGACGACGAUGGACGAUCUGUAGAUAGCAGCGAGGUAUAUAGGCGUGCAGUAGUAACCAGUGAAUUUCUGGUUGGUAGGGAUAAGUAUUGGUGUGCACGUUGUCUAAGAUAUAAUGAAGCACGACGAGCAGUUUGUUUCCCUUGCUUGCCUCGACUUCUGAUCUUACAAUUGAAAAGAUUUUCUACCAAAGCUGGAUCAAUGGAAAAAAUCAAUAAUCAUAUGCCUACUCCGCUAACAUUACAAUGCUUCUGUGAAGAGUGUUAUAACAAACACGUCCAUGGAAACGUUUCUGCGAAGGAUCAAACACACGAGUAUAAACUUUAUUCUGUCAUCAUGCAUCAGGGUGCAACCAUGACAGCUGGUCAUUAUGUUGCUUACACACGAUUACCCGAUGAAUCUGCAUUAGCGGAAUACUUUAAUUGUGACAGGGAUAGUAAACGUCAAACCACUGGUCAGAGUAGUAGUAGCACAAAUACAAAUUCCUCUUCCUCCGACAAAACGUCGAGUAUUUUUAAAUACUUCAAGAAACCAAGUGUUAGUGAGAAUAAGGAACAAUUAGUAAAAGUCGGCUGUCGCAGUAUGGACUGCUGCGGCUUUAGAAAUUCUAAGUAUACUAAAUUAUCCGAACAAGGGGUUUGGCUGGAGUGCGACGAUGAAGCGGUACAUGUAAUUCCAUUAAGACAAUUGGAAGAUAAAUUGGCACCAAAUCCACGAAAUUCUGCCACCCCUUAUCUUUUGUUCUAUGUGAGAUCCCCGAGGUAAGCCUUAUUCUUAAAACAAUGUCGGAUGUCUAUAUUUAAAGUCUCGAAGAUAAUCGUGCAAAAGGCCUCACUUUUCCUCGCCAAUAAAUCGCGCUAUGAUGUUAACACACAUUCCAGAUAUAUAUAUAUAUAUAUUUAUCUUAUACGAUUGUAUCGGGCUUAGAUGAAUGUGUAUAAUUUUCGUAGAAAAUAAAUUAUAUACUAUAA